CCCCCUCCUUCCAGGCUAUAAAUUGGAUUGUAUAUAAAUCUGCUUCGUUUAUCUCCCUGACCCCCCUCAAUGACGCUGGACUAAAGAGCUCCUCUCCGCGGCCCGCCCGGACCUGCCGAAGCGAGCGAUGGACCAGGAGCGGCAGCGCCCGGGGAUGCCCCUCUGAAGCGGCGCGGGCCCGCGGGGCAGCGCGGCGCCGCCUCCCCCCUGCUCCCCGGCUCCCCUCGCACCUCCGGCUCGCUCCCCCUCCCUCCUCCCCGGGCUCCGCAGCCACCCCCUCACCUGCUGCCGUCCCCCUCCCCCGUGGAGCCGGGCUCUCCGUGCACGCCAAGCCUGCUACCCCUACCCCACCCCCCCCAACCCCCCCCCCCCAACUUCGCCCUCGGUGCCUGCGUGUGCAGCCUUCCCCCCCCUCCGCCUCCCAGGCGGCACACGCCGCUUCCCCGGCCGCCCCCUCCCUCCGCCUGCUCCCCCUCUGCGCGGAGCGGUUGCGGCCCCCCCGGCUUGGCUGCCACCGCCCCCUCCGCGCCGCGGAGCGCAGGGAGCGGCGCUGCCUGCAGACGGGCUCCCUGCGGCGCUCCGGGGCGGCCCCCAGCUCGGCCCCCCGCUCCUCCGCCAUGGACGGGGCGGCUCGCCGGGGGGUGCUGGCCGCGCUGCUGGCCUGCGGGCUGCUCCUGCUGGGCGCCGCGGCCACCCCGACCCCUCCGGCCCCUGCCGGCGGCUCCCCGCAGGACACAUGCACCUCCUGCGGCUUCCGGCGGCCCGAGGAGCCGGGCAAGGUGGACGGGGAUUUCCUGGAGGCGGUGAAGAGGCAUAUCCUGAGCCGGCUGCAGAUGCGGGACCGGCCCAACAUCACGCACGCCGUGCCCAAGGCGGCCAUGGUCACGGCUCUGCGCAAGCUGCACGCCGGCAAGGUGCGGGAGGACGGCCGCGUGGAGAUCCCCAGCCUGGACGGGCAGGCGAGCGCCGGGCCCCCGGCCCACGACCCCGUCUCCGAGAUCAUCAGCUUCGCCGAGACAGACGAUCUGGCCUCAUCUAGAGUCCGCCUCUAUUUCUUCAUCUCGAAUGAAGGGAACCAGAACUUGUUUGUCGUUCAAGCCAGCCUGUGGCUUUACUUGAAGCUGCUUCCAUAUGUCUUAGAGAAAGGCAGCAGGCGAAAAGUAAGAGUCAAAGUCUAUUUCCAAGACCCGGACACUAGCAACAAGUGGAAUGUGGUUGAAAAGAAAGUUGAUCUCAAAAGAAGUGGUUGGCACACUUUUCCCAUGACAGAGGCCAUCCAGGCUCUGUUUGAGAGAGGAGAAAGGAGACUGAACUUGGAUGUUCAAUGUGAGGGCUGUGAAGAGUAUUCAGUGCUGCCAAUUUAUGUGGACCCCGGGGAGGAAUCCCACCGGCCUUUUUUAGUGGUGCAAGCCCGCCUCGCCGAUAACAAACACAGGAUCCGGAAAAGAGGCCUGGAGUGCGAUGGCAGGACCAAUCUAUGUUGCAGGCAACAGUUUUACAUUGACUUCAGACUCAUUGGGUGGAAUGACUGGAUCAUAGCACCAUCAGGUUACUAUGGGAAUUACUGUGAAGGGAGCUGCCCGGCCUACUUGGCCGGCGUCCCGGGGUCGGCUUCUUCCUUUCACACCGCUGUCGUGAAUCAGUACCGAAUGCGGGGGCUGAACCCGGGCACCGUGAACUCCUGUUGCAUUCCAACCAAACUUAGCACAAUGUCAAUGCUGUACUUUGAUGAUGAAUACAACAUUGUGAAAAGGGACGUUCCCAAUAUGAUUGUGGAAGAAUGUGGUUGUGCUUGAUUUAAGGUGUGUUUUUUUGGGGGGGAGAGCGAGAGAGGGCGAGAGAGAGAGAGAAACAUUCCCGUACGAGAUGGUGUUGGAGGAAGUUUCACUGUGUAUCCAGGCAUCAGUGUUGGAAAGUCACUGUGGAAAAGUUUGACAAAAAAAAAAAAAAAAAGAAAAAGAAAAAAGAAAAAAAAAAUCAUUUCACUUUUGUGUCAGGACAGUGGAAGUUUGUGGAUCUUGGACACUUAUAUAUUCUACCACUUGUAAGUUAAUGCUAUGAAAUAUCUUAAAGACACACACACGAAACGUGGGCACGCACACAAACACGCGCUCAUACACACACGCACACACAGAGACACAGACACACAGACACACACAUGAGGCAGCUCGGAAAAGGGACGUGAGCACAGAAAGUCAGUGACCAGUGACAGCAGACCUAAAUGCCUGCCAGUACGAGUGAACGGCUGAGCAGCUGUUUCCCCGCCUGCCGGUGAAGUCACACUGAAAUGAGCUCCCUUUGCUCAGGCAAAAGCACAGACUGCGAGAACACGACAUAUUCUUGCACGCAGGUGUCAAAAUGACCAAACUUAGAAAAUUAAAAAAAAAAAAAAGAAGCAAGAAAGAGCCGACCAUCACCUCUUAGGUCUAAAGGGAAGCUGCAGGACACCUGCCUUGGGAGGUAAAAAUUUCCUCUUAAUUUAAAUUUAUCUAAAUGUAAACAUCAUGGAUACCCACAUCUUCCUACAGCACUUCCAGUAAGGAACAGUGUGGUACCAUCAGAGAGAGAGAAAAGGGGACAGACACGUGAGCAACUUCUGUAUUUCUAACAUCUGACUGUUGCAAAGUCACAAGCUGGGCUGGCGUGAUGGGAUGCUAUAACUGCCCAUCAGCAACACAUGGAUGGCUCUACCCGCCGUGUCUUGGAAAAGGGGAUCCAAUACUGUAACUGGACUGAGUUGACUGUUGGCAUCUCUCACUGUUUGGAGAACGAAAAGUCAGAAUUGCAAUCUGUGUUCUUCAAUAGGGGACUCGGCAAGGACAUGUUAUGUGGGGGACGGGCAAACAAGCAACUGCCACGACGACUAAACCAAUGAACCCUAAAGAGGAGGGACAGUAACAGAGUGGAGACGUUCUGAAAAGUGCAGUGCGUUUAAUAACAGGAGAGGAACAUUUUAACAAGUCUUGGAAAGGAGGAGGGAGGAGAGUGCUUUCAAUUUCCUUACCAGGAGGUGUCGAGGAUGGCCAUAAAGAUCAGAAAAUAAUGAUACAGCAUAGCACUUGCAAACUGCUUGAAUGCACGUAUAAUAGCACUUGCAAAUUUCAAUGCCUUGAAAAGUGGUACUUGAUAGUGCACUUAUCUUUGCUCACUAUCUAGGUAAACAGGUGCCGCAUGAGCUAUGCAAUUUAAAGUGUUGACCCAUACUAGACAAAACUGGACUUAUGAUAUGACUUUUUUAUAUUUUUUUAUACUUGAAAUUAAAUCUUUUGCUUCUUUUUUAAAGCGAAUGAUUGCUUUUAAUGUUUGCACUGAUUUAGUUGCAUGAUUAGUCAAAAACUGCCAUUUGAAAAAAAUGUUAUUUUUAUAGCAGCAAAAAAUGAAUACAGUUAAAUGUAUUAUACAUAAAUUUUGGAACCAAAGAGGCCAACAUAUUAGUUAUAAUUUUUAUGAGAUGGCAAAGCCAUCAUAUAUCAUGUAGUCGUACUGAGCAAUCCCUCACGAGGCCUACCAAUUGUUUCAGGGUACAAAAUGAAUUCUGUUUGUUCUAUUCAGUGUCUUUUCUAUACCAUACGCACAUGGAACGUAGAGUGAAAAAAAAUGACUAUUGUAGAUUACAUUACAAUAUGUGCAUCCUUUAAAUCCAAUUUUUAUGUUUAUUUAAUAAAGUUCCUUUUAGGUUCUGUUCCAUAAUAAUUUAAACCAAACAAUUUUCACUUAGAUUUGCUGUUGAAGUAUUUUACAUUUGUGUACAGUUUAAAUAAAUAAAAAAAGAUUGAAAACUGGA